AUGAAGAGAUACCACAUUUCCGUACUGUUUUUGUCAAUGGCACUCGUCAUUGCUGGCUCCAAUGCUGCCGAGGAAAUCGAUACGAUAUCAAGAUAUGGAGUCGAAAUUGCUACACCAAGCUACGGCGAGGAAUCUCCAACCACCACGGCCUUCAGUUUUAGUUAUGUUGAUGGUGAUGACUAUGAUACAAUUCGAACGUCCGAUAUUAAAGCUCGCCUGUUGCGCCGAAGAAUGGGUAUGAGGGGUGGUCCCAUGAGAGGGAUGGGAGGAGGAGGUAUGCGAGGAGGAGGAGGCAUGCGAGGAGGAGGAGGAAUGAGAGGUGGCAGAGGCAUGAUGGGUGGAAUGCGCAGGAGCAAAAGUCGCAGCGGCAUGAUGAGGAUGGGCAGCAAAAGUCGAAUGCGCAUGCGCAUGAUGCGCCGUCCUACUCCCGAACCAACGGCGGCUCCAUCCGUGUCCCCAUCCCUUUCUGUUGCACCCUCGUUGUCGUUCGCUCCAACGGAUGCGCCCUCUGCGUCCCCCACCAAGGCCCCAACAGAACAACCUUCGGUAUGUUUGCUUGCAGAGCAGAGGAUCGAUGGUGACGUGCCUAGUCUAUCACCCAGUGUUAGUCUCGCCCCGUCAACUGCCCCGUCCUUCUGCAUUCCAGUUGAUCCACCAAGAAGACGAAGCAAGAGUGGUAGAAGCAAGGGAUCCAGGCGCGGCAUGGGCAUGAUGGGUGGUAUGAUGGGAGGACGCAGUAGCAGGAGCCGAGGAAAGGGAAGAGGCGGUAGAGGAGGCGGAGGCGGAAAUCGCCAGCUUUGCUUUAGCCCCGGUGCAGGUGGAGGAACCAGUACAAUGUUCAAUGCCCCCAUGCGAGGCAUGCGCAUGCGGGGACUCCCUCCGUGGGCAUAUGCCGGUAUGCGAAUGUCCGGUGGCUCAAUGAUGAGCAUGAUGAUGCGCAACAACUAUUAUCCUAACGGAGGCGGGAUGAGGAUGCAAAUGAGACCGAUGGGCAUGAACAGCAUGAACAUGAAUAUGAUGGGAAUGGGAAUGAGACAGAGAUUCAGGAUGAUAUACUACAAUUACAACUACAAUCGGCAGUAG